AGAGAGAGAGAGACCGGGUGGAGAAGGGAAUAGGGAAAAAUGGUUCAAUAAAUUUAGAAUAAAAGAACCACAUACCUGUACCUAAGCUGGGACUCAAUGGCGCAAUGGAGGUUGAGGUGUACGACAGUGUUCUCCCUGCAGCUUCUAGAAAGAAUCUAGCAGGAACGCAGCCGUGUUCUAAAAACCUGACCCGAAAAUAUAACAAUCAUGCCGUUAUUGCAACUAAAAAAAGACCGUCAUUAUUUUGAAAUCACUCCUAUUAAGUAGUGAACAUAUGCUUAUUCUAUAUGUCUACCCGUUCUCGUCAAUAAAGCAGUGGCCGUGGUCGUUUUAAAUAUGAAAAGAUUUAGAAGAAUAUAAAUAAAAAAGUGUAAGUCUCUCGCAUCACACAUUGCAUCUAGUAAGUAAUACCGGAAAACAUUGCUCUAUCAGGCAACUCAAUUGCAGUUGCAGAGCAGGCGCCACCAGGACAACACCAGCACCAGCCUUCAGGAUAGCAGACGAACUCAAGGUUGAUACCACCAUGUCGUCUUCACCGUCAGUGACACAGGAUAGUUUGGUGACGGAAGACCAGGUGCGGGCAGCGCUCACGUCAGACAAAGGCGCCGCCGCACAACUCACCGCCUGGAGAGUCGUGGACUUCACUAAGAAGGGCGACAAUUAUGCCUCUCUAGUGACCAGCGUCGAGGUUGAGUAUGAGCUCAACAGCAAAAGCUACGAGGUGAUCUAUAUAGUAAAGAUUAACACGGGAAAAGUCUUUGGAGGUGACAAAUUUUUUGACAUAUUCUUCCAAAAGGAAUGCAAUUUCUUCCUCGACAUCGCACCUGAUAUAAACUCUGUAUUAAAGGAGAUUGGUCACACAGAAAUCAACGUUCCCAAAUGUUUCUAUAUAAGUCUGGAAAAACGUAAAGAAGUUAUAUUCCUUGAGGACCUACGAGCCAGAGGUUACAAAAUGGCUGACCGUAAGCAAGGGUUGGACAAGGCUCACACUACCCUUGUGCUGAGGGAGCUGGCCAGACUCCAUGCCGCCUCCCUGUUGCUGCAGAAUAAGACUAAUAACGGAGACCUCGGAGAAAAGUACCCUUAUUUGAAAAUGCAUUGGUCCUAUUUUGUCACAAACUAUGAUUCAAUAUUGAAUAUGUUGAAAGAAAGUGCAUAUCUUUCCCAAACUAUCACCAAAAAGGUGGAUGGGUAUGAGAGAGUAACUGCCUGGAUAGACACAAUCAUCCCUAACAUGAGGGACAUCUUCUCCGAGGAGACGGAACACGUGAUGCCUAAAGUAGUGUGUCACGGAGACUGCUGGAACAACAACCUUCUCUUCAGGUACAGCGAGACCGGCCACCCCGAGGAGGCGAUGCUCCUCGACUUGCAACUGACAAGCUUCGAUGUUCCUGCUACCGAUCUCAACUACCUCCUGUAUACCAGCAUGACGGGGGAUGUCAGGAAGCCCAACAUUGAAGCCUUCCUUGGCUCCUAUUACACCACUUUCAAGGACAUCAUGGAGGCUGGCGGCAAGACAGUACCAUUCACGCAGGCACAGCUCUUCAAGGACUUCAGGAACGAGAACCUCAUUGGUUUAAUAUUCGCCAUGAUGUUUGUACCACUCGUGCUUUUUGAGACUGAAGGUGAAGUAGACACUUCGAAAGAGAAUGAGGAAGAUAUUUCAGAAGUGUUUCGUGAGACAAGAGAAAAGUCGUUAGAAAUGAUAGACACAAAUCCACUUGUAAAGCCAAGAUUUUUGUCUGUUUUCGACGAAAUGAUCGAACUAGGGAUUAUUCCAUAAGAGAGAGAGAGAGAGAGAGAGAGAGAGAGAGAGAGAGAGAGAGAGAGAGAGAGACACAGAGAGAGAGAGAGAGAGAGAGAGAGAGAGAGAGAGAGAGAGA